AUUAAACUCUAACAACACAGAUAUAUUGGCCAAGAACUCUUCAACAUUUCAUCAACUAUUAGUCUCACAAACGGGAAAACUCGCAGCAAAGCAAAUACCAAAUGGCAUGGGAUGGCAAUUGUUUGACGGAACAGACGGCGAGAACGUAUCGCACGUUUUCGGACAGAGCGGUCAUACGGACGGUGCGAGCGAUGUGUUAAUGAUUCGGACGGACAGCGGACUAGUGAUCGCUGUGUUGGCCAAUGUUGGCCGCGUUCACCACCAGCUCUUAAACUUUGCCGACACCAUUGCCAAGUGGACAUUUGAGGACAAAGCUAGAAUU